AUGGGACCCCUAGCAGCCCACAUCCAAUCUCCUCCCACUUUUAAUUGCAAAGACCGCAGUGCCUCUGUCGUCGCUCCCGCCGCUGCCGCCGCCGCCUCAGUAGGCACGCAUUUUGCCGAUGUUUUAGGCUUGAGGCGGUGUCACAAGUUGGUCUUACGCAACAUCAUCAUCAGCAUCGUCAACAACAACAACAGCCAGCGUGCACUUUCACAGCCAGCAUUGCCUUUUCCGGUGGUCGUGGUCUGUCUGGCAGACAAAUCGCGCUGUGAGGCCUCGUGCCUUCACGUCGCUGUCUCUGCGAUUUUGCGUGAUUUGGCGUCUCAUUCUUCACCAGCCAUUUGUUCCUACUGCAUUGUGACUAGCCUCUUCUUUCAAGCUUUGAAAUCACGCUAA